GUCAAACCUCCUGAAUCAAUUUACCAUCCUUGGCAACAUUUCCCAGUACCUUAGGUAGCUGUCAACAAAGUUGCUCUCCUCUGUAUAUCUAUCUACUAUAGAUCCAGCCUCUUGUAUACUCGUCCCUCACUUAUACCACCCUCGCCAUGUCCGACCUCUUCGACAUCAACGCCCAGGCCCUCCGCCUCCAACAGCGCAACCACUCGCCCCAAAAGAGCCAUACCCUCCCACCCCUCGCCCUCAUCCACGCCGCCUCAGCCGCCCUGCCCAAAUCCUCCGACCCAGGCUUCCUCUCCGGCCAGCCCGCCGCAGACGUCGCCCGCCACAUCACAGAGCACAUCGUCCCCGCCCUGUGCGGCCAGUCGCAGUCGAGCCGCUACUUUGGCUUCGUCACCGGCGGCGUCCUCCCCCUGGCCGAAUGGGCCGACAAUGUCGUCUCCCGCAUGGACCAGAACGUGCAGGUCCAUCUGCCCGAGCAGAGCGUGUCCACCAUUGUCGAAAACUCUGCUCUCGAGAUGCUGAUUGGGCUGCUGCGCCUGGAAUCAUCGCAGUGGCAGGGCCGGACGUUUACGACGGGGGCGACGGCCAGCAAUGUCCUCGGGCUGGCCUGUGGACGGGAAGCUGUUCUCGCGAAGAGGGGCGCGUCGGCGGGCGAGCAAGGAUUGCUGGGCGCCUGUGUCAAAGCUGGCGUUUCGGAAAUCCAGGUCCUCACCAGCGGAGGCCACAGUUCGCUCUCCAAGGCGGCAAGUGUCGUGGGCCUGGGGAGAGCUUCCGUCAAGGAGCUGCCUCGAAGCGCUGCUCAGCCGUGGAAGUUGGAUCUCGACGCGGUGGAGAAGGAGUUGAGUCGGCCCGGAACCGCAAGCAUCAUUGCUGUCAGCAUGGGAGAGGUCAACACCGGCGGUUAUGCUCUCGAUGAUGUCGACGAGUGGAAGAGGUUGAGGGAACUGGCGGAUCGCCAUGGGGCUUGGAUUCAUGCGGAUGGAGCCUUCGGAAUCUUCUGUGCGGCUUUGGAUGACCGAGACGAGCAUCGGCUGCUUCACAGGCGAGUGAAGGGCAUCGAUCUGGCCGACAGCAUCACAAUUGAUGGCCACAAGAUGCUCAACGUUCCAUACGACUGCGGCAUGUUCUUCACCCGCACCUCGUCCAUCCUGGAAUCCGUAUUCGUCAACCCCAACGCCGCCUAUCUGUCCGCGGGUCCAAACGCCGGUAUUCCGUCUCCCCUCAACGUCGGCCUCGAAAAUUCGCGACGCUUCCGCGCUCUGCCAGCCUACGCCGUGCUCCUCAGCGAGGGUCGUCCCGGCUUCGCUCGUUUAUUCCACAACAUGACCCAGUUGUCUCGCAAACUGGCCGUGUUUCUGCGCGAGUCGCCCUAUUACGACUUGCUGCCCGACGAGAGCAGCGAUAUCGAAGACAUUUUCAUCAUUGUCCUGUUCAGGGCCAAGGAUAAGAAGCUCAACGACGGAUUGGUGGCCAAGAUUAAUGCGACGAGGCAGCUGUAUGUGAGCGGGACCAGCUGGAAGGGCGAAAAGGCUGUGAGGGUGGCCGUGUCGAACUGGAAGGUCGAUGUCGAGCGGGACUUUAAGGUGGUGACGACGAUUCUAAACGACGUUGCCGAGGGCAGGGAAUUCGAUAUCGAGAAAUGUGCGUCAUCGCAAUAA